UUUGACACGUCUCACUCCGGCUUGCCGGGCCCUCUCGCUCGCUUGAAGCAGCCGCGGUUGUAAGUGAAGUGUCUGGUGCCUUGCACGCACGUAACCAGGAAACAAAGGGGAUCUAUAAGUAGCUUUCCGCCGGGACAGCUUUGAAACCGCUCUGCGUGGGGCUGGCGCCUUGCCGGGUUCCUUCCCCGAGCCCCUGGGAAGUGCGUUUCCUUCUGAGGCCUUGCCAGCGUGGGUUCAGCCUCUGUCGUUGGUACCUGCAAGUUUAGGAAGCAAACAUGGAAACGGGCGUCUUAAGGAGCCUUUGGAAGGAAAGGGAGAUUUGGCCAGGUUCCCCUCGAAGAGGACCAUCAAGCGGGGCUGAGAACACACGUCGUGGUGCCAGGAUGAUGUUAUCCAGUGAAAAGAUGCCCACGAACUCCAUUCAUCCCUCGAUCAUAACCCAGGAUGCUGUUAACCAAAAGUGGACCCAGGGAGAGGAGGAUCAUUACAGCCAUGCUCAUCUGGUAGAUAAGGCAUUGCAGCUCUUGCUGGAAAAAAUAAGAAACGGGGACUCUCAGGCCUAUUUCCUACGAGGUCAACUAUAUUUUGAAGAGGGAUGGUAUGACGAAGCAUUAGAACAGUUUGAAGAGAUCAAGGAGAAUGAUCAUCAAGCAAUUUACCAACUAGGAGUCAUGUAUUAUGAUGGGCUGGGGACGACUCAAGAUGCUGAAAAAGGAGUGAAAUAUAUGAAGAAAAUUCUUGAGUCUCCAUGUCCCAAAGCAAGACAUUUAAAAUUUGCAGCUGCUUACAACCUUGGAAGAGCUUAUUACGAAGGAAGAGGUGUUCGCCGGUCAGUAGAGGAAGCUGAAAGACUCUGGCUUUUUGCUGCAGACAAUGGAAACCCAAAAGCUAGUGUGAAGGCUCAAAGUACCUUAGGGUUGUACUACUCAACCAAAGAACCUAAAGAGUUGGAAAAGGCAUUUUACUGGCAUUCGGAAGCAUGUGGCAAUGGAAAUUUGGAAUCCCAAGGUGCACUUGGUCUCAUGUACUUUUAUGGGCAAGGCAUCCACCAGGAUAUGGACGCUGCCCUGCAAUGCUUAAAGGAAGCGGCGCAACGUGGGAACGUCUAUGCUCAAGGGAAUCUAGUGGAGUACUACUAUAAGAAGAAAUUUUUCACAAAGUGUGUUACAUUUUCCAAAAGGCUUGUCAUCUGAAUCCUGCAUUGGCAGAUGAACUUCACUGUUUAGUUAUCCAUCAAAGGAUUUAGACCACAGUAGAUGUCAAUAGCCACCAUCAAUCCUAACACCAUAAAACGUGUGUAUUUUCAUCGUUGCCGAGUUUGGGUAUUGUAGUCUGCAUCUACAAUGACAAUAUCCUGGGUGUUUUACUGACCACACGUUGCCUUUGUUCUUCUAUCUGUAUGCUGUCAUUUUUACAACUUGAAACUUAGCCACAGGGAUCAACCUGCUGAGACAAUACUUAGAGCUUCAAUCCUUUGAGCCCAUAUAUCGGCACAGAACAAAUCAAGUAUUAGAAAGCAUUUCAUAGAGCAAGUGGCUUUAUCCUUUCUUAAGCAUAGAGUGUGCAAAAGCCUUAGGGCAGUUUUAGCACUAAUAACAUCAAAAAGUAUACUUGCUAGAGAGUUACAAAAGAUACCAUUUGAAGCUUAAAUUUUUUAAUUUUCUUGACUCAUUUGGCUUUGUGAAUUUUACAUUAAGAAUAUUAAGUGACUGAGACAAAAUUAAACAAUAAUCAAAGGUUUGGAUGGCCCACUUAUGCCUACCCUCGAAGGUCUUAGUAUAAUGAGUAAAAAAAAUUGCUAUAUUUUUGGCAAAUAGUCAUGAUAUGCCGAACAAGAUGCUUGUGUUUCAACCUAUUUUUACAAUUUUAAGUCCUAAAAUUUAAAACCUAAAGUUGUAUUCCAAAACACAUGAAAAAAACCUCACUUAAAUCUUCUACUAAUAAUUAUUGUAAUUAGUAAAUACAGGAAAAAUUAAUUAGCAAGAGACUUCCCUUUUAUUAGUGACAUGUUUGAAGGCAAAAUUUGGCAGAAUAGUAGGAUCCAUAUGCACAAGCUUUUGUAGGGAUGCAUAUGUGUGAAGCAAGCAAAUACGUUGAAAAUGGUGUUUUACCAUUGGCUAAUAGAAUUCCCUUAUGCUCCACAGGGAUGAUGUACAAUAUUUUCUAUUAUGAAAAUGAUAACGAUGUGUCUAAAGUGAACUAGAGACAUAUAUACGCCCCCAAUCCAUCUGCAUGUGGAUGAGUCUACAAUGAAUCCUCUCUGCUCACA